AGCCACAGAUGGCGCGCACAUCUGUUCCGGAACAUUCGCCAUUGUUGGGCGAGAAACUUCUGCGGAGGUCGAGAAAUUGAGGAAAAAAGCCUUUUCCGGGCAGGAACUGACAAGACAGCCCCUCCAAGACAACCCUAGCACCCUCAGGACACCAUGACGCGUGGAAAUCAGAGAGAUUUGGCCCGUGCCAAGAAUCUGAAGAAGCAAAACGAAAAGCAGAAGGGGCGCCAGACUGACGGACUGACGGUGGAGCAGCGCAAACAGAGGGACGCUGACCUGAUGCGAGAGAAACAGAAGAAGAAGGACGACACCCCAACAGGCGGCCAGAGUCAGGCCUCGGGCAGCAGAUAGAGUGGGAGGCACGAAGUCUCCCGGACGCACAGCCGGACUUGAGGAGUGAAUAAAUGGACAUUUUAUUACCGGACUCACUUGAGUUCUCCAC